UCCAUAUUCCUUUCACGAGAAAAAAUCGAGUGCUCCUCGCACACCAUAUCAUCUCAUCUCUCUCUCUCUCUAUGUUUCUCUAACCGUUUUAUGCACCUGAAUUUCCGCUGCGGCGUCUGUUCACCGGAGGAUUAGUUUCGCACUGGCUGGAGAUCAACCGUCCGGUUCGGUUUCAAGUUUCUGUUGAAGUUUCCACUCGCGUGAGCUCAGGACAUGAAGUUUUGUCGCAGAGUAAUUAUUUUUACGUUUUGAAAUUUUGGUCUCAGUACAUAGGUAGUUCGUUGAAGGAGAACAUAACAUAUUGUAAUUGUGUGGGGGAGUGAAGCGACCACGAAAGGAGAAAGUGGAAUUGCGAGGAAUUGCUUUCACUUGAAGUGGAAGAAAAAACUAAAUGUCAUUUCAGAAGAAGGGUUUUUGGAUGGUGAAGAACUCCGGACAUGUAAUUGGUGGAGAUACAGGAUUUGAUAAUUCUUCCAGGAUUGAACCAAAGCGUGCUCAUCAGUGGUUUGAUGGCAGUGAACCAGAGAUGUUCCCUAAUAAGAAGCAAGCAGUGCAAGUUCCAGUUGGAAAAUCAAGUGCAGGAAUAUCUAAUGCAAAUAUUCCUUCAUGGGAAAAUGCAUCUGGUUUCAAUUCAGCUCCAAAUCAAUUCAUUGACCGACUGUUUGGAUCUGAAACAGCAAGGUCUGUGAAUUUUGGUGAAAAGAACACUUCUCCAGUUGGAAGAGACAAUGCAAGACAAAAGAGUAUUCAGGAAGAUGCAUCUGCUGCUUUGUCAAUAUAUGAUGCAAUGGAAGAUCCUGAAAACUGUUUUCCAUAUGAUGGAAUUAGAAAAGUAAAAGUUAAUCAGGUUAAGGACAACGACAGCGAGCAUGCUUCAAAGGAGUACAAUUUUAAUUCAGAAAAUACUGGUGAAGUUACUGCAGAUCAGGCCUAUUGCAGGGAAAACGAAAGUAAUUUUAUAUCCAUGGGGCAACUCUACAAUAAGGAGGGUAAUGGUGUCACAGUCACAGGACAUUCCUACAGCAGCGGGGAGGAUGCAAAUAUUAUUUCAUUUGGUAACUUUCAUGAUGAGCACAGUAUUAGCCCUGUGGCUGCCCAACCCCUCAGCACCUAUGAGUCAUCGUACAUUCAGCAUUCAACUCAAACAUCUGAAACAGCCUGUGAGAAAGAGUUGGAGGCAUCAUGUGCCAAUCCAAUUGCAACCGUAUCUCGCAUAGCUAAACCUAGACAAGAAUUCCAUUCCAAGAGUAAACAAGAGAUUAAAACAUCAAAAAAGGAAGCUCCAAAUAGUUUUCCCUCAAAUGUCAGAAGCUUGAUAUCAACGGGAAUGCUUGAUGGGGUUCCUGUGAAGUAUGUUUCUUUGUCACGUGAGGAGCUUCGUGGAAUUAUAAAAGGUUCUGGCUAUCUUUGCGGGUGUCAGUUAUGCAAUUUCUCUAAGGUGCUCAAUGCAUAUGAGUUUGAACGUCAUGCUGGUUGCAAGACAAAACAUCCCAACAAUCAUAUUUACUUUGAGAAUGGAAAGACCAUCUAUCAGAUAGUACAGGAAUUGAGGAGUACCCCUGAGAGCAUGUUGUUUGACGUGAUUCAGACUGUGUUUGGUGCACCAAUCAACCAGAAAUCUUUUCGCAUUUGGAAGGAGUCGUUUCAAGCUGCUACUCGAGAGCUUCAGAGGAUUUAUGGAAAGGAAGAACUGAACUUGUAAAUUUGCCGCGCUGAUCUGAUGUAGAGUUUCGUAUAAUGAAGUGUAGGUUGCCAUUUGGAAAUAUUAGGUGAAAUGAUAUUUUCGCUGUGAUAAUGUAUAACUAAUUUAUGUGAGAGUCUCGACUGGUGUUUGUCCUUGCUGGAGAAUAGAUGCGCUUGUAGAGGGAUUAGAUAGGUGGUAGUUAAAGAAUGCAAGGCAAGCCAGCUCGUGUGUUUGAAAAUGUGUUUCCUUUUUUUUGUACAGUUUUAUUCUAUGUGGCUUGGAUUUGUUGCAUUGCAAACCUUGCGAUUUGUUCAAGUUAAAUUUAUGAUUUUCCUGUGA